GUCAAAUAUCUUUCAUAUAAAGUGCUGAUAUUUGGUCAAAGAAAACAUUUUACAAAUAACGUUAUUCGAGAUGUUUAAAAUAUUGCUAGGACUUCUUUGUAUCUGUAUUGUAGGGUUGAAUGCAGAAUUCGUCAUUCCAAAAUGUUUAGGUGUAUUUUUCUGUGCUGAAAUUCCUGAACCUGAUGGACACUUGACAAUAAAGAACGGAACGUCUGGAGGCAUCCAAAUAAAUAAAGAUAUUGUGACAGAAAUUUGUAGUUAUUUGUUGAGCAUUUCAACAUGUAUAGAUGCUGGUGUGCCUACAACGUGUACAGAUUACACAAAGUUAUAUGCAAGCUUCCAGAAUGUUGUCACGACAGCCUGCCAUAAGAACAUCCAAGAUGUUAUGGCUGUGAUAGACGGUUUCAAUGAACUUGAUGGCCCUGAACAGGAAGACUUUAUGAAUUGCAUUGGAAAAAACGAUAGUGACAACCCUGUCGAUGGAAACAAGUGCAGUGUUUUACAGAAAAUGAAGACAUGCAAUUAUGCUUACUUUAGCUCUAGGAGUCCUGAUGCUAUGUCCAAUAUUGACAGCUUUAUAGACCAAUACAACGAUGACAUGUGCUACCUGAUGUCCUUUUUAGACGGGAAGGAAUAGUAUUCACUGUAUUCGAUUUACCCCCUGAAUAAAACAAUGUUCAA